GCCCGCGCACCUCGCCAGUGCAACACCCGACGCAGAUCGCGCGGCCGCGAUGCGACAGCCAACGAACAAUUUAAAUUUAAAAAACGAACACGAAUCGCCAUUUUCAAAUUAAAUUCCAUUUUCAAAACCAUUCUUCUAACGUUUUCCGUUAAAAACGAACGUGCGUGUUUCCAAAAUUUUGAAAUGUAAUGUGAAUUUAGUUCUUUUUUUUGGUUUUUUUUGUUUUUCGUCAAGUGGAAUGUGGUAGUGUCCAUGUACAAAAGAGCGAGUGUAGUGUGAUUAUUUUUUUUAUUGUUUUUUUUUAAUGAGGUGUCAACCUCGGAUUUGUGUGGGAUACAAGCGUUUGGAAAAGAGUGAAUCAUGUGGCGAUUACUGCUGACGACAUUUCUGCUAGCGACCGCGCGGUCGAAGCAGCUACCUUCAUCCACUGAAAUAGCAACGACAACGGUGGGAACAGCCACGGAGGCUGACACCACAGCCUGGCCCAGUUCCGUUGCUCCGCUCGACACCCUCACCGUGGCGUGCGAGAAGGAUAGCAUGCAUGUCACCGUCUCACUCGCCACACAUGGGGAAAAUAGUGUAUACGACACCUUCAACGGCAUCGUGUACCCAGCGGGCCUGGGCAGCAACUCCUCAUGUCUGCGGGAGUAUGUGUCGGAACGAGGGGACCUGCAUUACACCCUGCCGCUGAGAGGGUGCAAUACUAUGUCUAAUGAUAAUGAGGAUGGUACAGUGGAAUACUUCAACAACAUCAUAGUCCAGCCCCACCUGCGCCUGGUGACGGGCCAGGGUCGAGGGUACCACGUCGCCUGCCGCUACAGGCGCCGAGACCUCACGCACUUCCAUCUCUACAGGCCACGAGCUGAUCGCCUCACCAAUUCUUUGGCUGAUGAUUUUAGUAGCGAUCAUAGCGACGAAUUCGACGAGGACUCCGGCCUGCUGCCCUCAGUAUCCAUGAAGAUCUACAAAGGAGACCCCGAAGAUGAACAAGUGGCGUCAAACGUUCGUAUUGGAGAUAUCCUGAGCCUGGUGGUGUCGCUGGAGAAGCAGCGCCAGUUCGGUCUGCUGGUCUCCGAGUGCUCCGUGAGAGAUGGCCUCGGCUGGGCAGAGCAGAGUCUCAUUGCUGAUGAUGGGUGUCCCCUAGACGGUGAGAUAAUGGGCCAGUUCCAGUACUCCGCGGACCGGCAGACGGCCAGGGUCUCGUUCCCGGCACACAAGUUUCCCUACACCGCCAGUGUGUACUACACCUGUGAGGUCAAACUGUGUGACCUUAAGCAUCCUACGGAUUGUGAGCCGUGCUCCCACAAACGCCGCGUGCGACGUGAUGAUGAAGGGUCCCCGGCCACUGUGGAACUGUUCAAGGGCCUGUAUGUGAACGAAGCCGACUCCCCUGACAAUGAUGAGGUUACUAGUGAGAAGAAGGAAGACGAAAUCUGCAUAUCUCAGCGUAACUUCGCGAUCGGAAUCUGUAUAGCGGGAGUAAUUCUAAUGAUUUGCGUCAUUGCCGCCAUUGCCUUUAUUCUGGCAAGGAGGCGAAACCCGAAGACGUACUCUAGAACAGGCAGCUCAUUGUACAGCGGACCAUACACAAACACUGGAUACUCACAUACCAGCUAAACAUGAUUUUGGUACAUAUUUUCAAACGCAAAUGAUAUACUUACAACAUUUAGAUGAUAUUGGAAAAAUGUCCCCCUAGCUCUUGGACUAUAAAAAGGUUGAUUUUUCAUAGGAAACGAUGAAAAUUUCAAAACAGGGGGUUGUCUCCUAGACUAUAAAGAUGGUAGGGACAAUUUCUUCCCUAGCUCCUAAACUAUAGUUGUAUGUCGUUUUGCAAAGUGCCAUCUAAAUAUUGGACAUAAUACAUAGUAAUUAUAUUUUUUGUAAUUUACAAAGGAAUUGGUUUCAAAAACAACGAAUUUUCGUGAUUAAAAUGUGUAAGAGAAAUCUUAAAUUAUAAAAAAAUAAACGUUUUCGGUAAAAUGUCAAUCUCGGUCGCCAUUUUGAUUAACGGAUUGACGUUUUAAUUUUUUUUAACAGUGUUGCAAUACGAAAAAUUAGUAAUCGAAGACAUUUUUAUGUGAGUGAAAUAAAUUGAUUAAAAAUAUUGAAUAGUUGUGUUUGAUACACAACGAUUGAGUCAUAUUUUUAGUAUUUAGUAUUUUAGUUUAUGUAAUUUUUUACCACGUGUAUUAAAUUUACCAUUAUAAUAAAAUAGAAAGGAGUGCAUCUGUGUCAGAAUUAAAAUAUUAUAUUAAAAUAACAAAUAUCACAUUUACACACUCCGAGAAAAGUAGAAAUAUGUAAAAAUACGUUUGAUAAUGUGGUUUUAAAAUAAGAAUCCUUUUUAUAAAAUGAAAACCAAUAUCAAUAUUAUGACAAAAUCUAUACAUUGCGAUCUGUAUUAAAAUUUUAAUUGAAAAAAAAACAAUAUAUAGACUAAAAAUCUUAUUUUAAAACCACAUUAUCUCAAAUAUUUAUAAUAAUAAUAAUAAAAUUUUGUGAUAAUUCAUAUAUUCGUAUACCUACGUCGUGAUUCGAUAUUUCUUUUAAAAUAAAACAUUAUAUUUUUAAGCAGAACACCGGUUGCCUUGCAUAUUACGUAAAUGUUUAGUAAUAAAUGACAGCUGUCAUUUCUUAGGGUGAUUUUAAAGGCCUGUGCGACUAGAUUUUAAAAAUAAUUUAAAAGUUCCUUAAUUUUUUAGUUUAAGGAAUUUUAGUUUUUUCUCUCUAUUGGAACGUAGCAAGUCAUUUUUACCUGUCUUACUGCCGUAUUUAAAGACAUUUAAUGGUUACUUAAAAUAAUCCUUAGUAACGAUUUUGUUUUGAAAACAAUUGCUAAGGACUGGGUUAAGUAAUCAUUAAAUGUCUCUGAGUACGGCGGUUAAAGUUUGGAAUGAACAUUGACAUCCAAUUUAACUUUUUAAGUAAUUUUGAAAUUUAUAAGAAAAAUAUUUUCGAAAAUUCUUUUUAUUUUACUAAUUUCUAGUUUAAAACAGGCCUUUUCUAUUCUGUUAAGGUGGUGGGAACUUGUUUUCUUCUACGCAGUUCAUUAGAAUUUUAGUUUUGCGACUUUUUAGUUAGUUAAUUAACUAAAAAGUCGUAAACUAAAAAUUAAAAACUACAUACAAAUAAAAUAAUUGGACAAAAUGGAUGCCAUAUUUUUUAAGUUUUACGUUAAGUUUCCUUUCUGCCAGUAAUUCCGUCCAAACGGUGCUAUUUUAAUUGUUUAAAAAAUGGGCUUUUUUUAAGUUGCUUUUUGCUUUUUUCUAGCGUCAUUGUCUAUUGAAAUUAUUAAUUUAUUUUUACACUGAAGUUUAAAAAAAACUUAGUAACAAAGUUAUAAAAUAAAAAUUACAAUUUUAAUUCUCACUCACGCCUGUCUCCCAUGGGGGUAGGCAGAGACAAUUUUUUUGAGGUAGAAAAAUCAUCCAAUCACGUCUUUCACCUUGGGUGAAACGAGGGGGAAUGUCAGCUUAAAAUUCAAAUUUAUAAAAUAAAUCUUUUCGUUUUUCCUGUUAAUUUCUGUACCAGGCCAAUUUCAUUAUGUGUCAUUUAGACAUAUUUUGUAAAAAUAAAAAGGUUGUGUACAAUUUCAAUGGACAAUGACUGACAAGUUUUAUUUUUCUAUGUAUAUGUAAAGAUACAACGAAUAUCGAUAUACGUUUCAUACUACCCCAUUGUUCUUAUUAUUUCUUAUUUUAUUUUUUUAUUAUUAAUAAUAACAAUUAUUAUUAUAAUAAUGUGUAACUAGUUUAAUGCAAUGGGGUUCUGGAACGAUACCGAGUGGUAAGACAGAGUACGAAUUUUUUUUUUAACAAAUAUACUGACUUGAUAUGAA